AUGUCGUCCGCAAACAGCAUCAAGGUCGUCGCCCGGUUCCGGCCUCAGAACAAGGUCGAACUCGAGUCGGGCGGAAAGCCCAUCGUCUCCUUCGAUGGCGAGGACACCUGCAGCCUCGACUCCAAGGAUGCGCAGGGCAGCUUCACCUUUGACCGAGUCUUUGAUAUGGCAUGUAAGCAACAGGACAUUUUCGACUUCUCGAUCCGCUCCACCGUCGACGAUAUCCUCAAUGGAUACAACGGAACCGUCUUCGCCUACGGCCAGACCGGUGCCGGUAAGUCGUAUACCAUGAUGGGCACAAACAUCGACGACGACGACGGCCGAGGUGUUAUUCCCCGCAUCGUCGAGCAGAUCUUCGCCAGUAUCAUGUCGAGCCCCGGCACCAUCGAGUACACCGUCCGAGUCAGUUACAUGGAGAUUUACAUGGAGAGGAUCCGUGAUCUGCUCGCCCCCCAGAACGACAACCUGCCCGUCCACGAGGAGAAGAACCGUGGCGUCUACGUCAAGGGUCUCUUGGAGAUUUACGUGUCGAGCGUCCAGGAGGUCUACGAAGUCAUGAGGAGAGGAGGAAAUGCCCGAGCCGUCGCCGCCACCAACAUGAACCAGGAGUCGUCGCGAUCCCACUCGAUAUUCGUCAUCACCAUCACCCAGAAGAACGUCGAGACCGGCUCGGCAAAGAGCGGACAGCUGUUCCUUGUGGAUCUGGCUGGUAGCGAAAAGGUCGGCAAGACUGGAGCGAGCGGACAGACCCUCGAGGAAGCCAAGAAGAUCAACAAGAGUUUGAGUGCCCUGGGAAUGGUCAUCAACGCCCUCACCGACGGCAAAUCCUCGCACAUCCCCUACCGAGACUCCAAGUUGACCCGUAUCCUCCAAGAAUCCCUCGGUGGUAACAGUCGGACGACACUGAUCAUCAACUGCUCCCCCAGCAGUUACAACGAUGCCGAGACACUCAGUACCCUGCGAUUUGGUAUGAGAGCCAAGUCCAUCAAGAACAAGGCCAAGGUCAACGCCGAGCUUAGCCCUGCCGAGCUCAAGUCCCUCCUCAAGAAGGCUCAGGGGCAGGUUACCAAUUUCGAGAGCUACAUCUCAAAUCUCGAGGGCGAAAUUCAGCUGUGGCGUGCUGGUGAAUCUGUUCCUAAGGAGAAAUGGGUGACACCCAAGACUACCGAUGCCGUCGCUAGAACCAAGGCCGACGCACGAAGCUCGACACGACCUUCCACACCUUCACUAAUAGCGGAGAGCCGCUCAGAGACGCCUGCGAUAUCUGAGCGCGCUGGCACGCCCAGCUUGCCGCUCGACAAGGACGAGAGGGAAGAGUUUUUGCGACGAGAGAAUGAGCUGCAGGACCAGAUCUCAGAAAAGGAGUCCCAGGCCACGGCUGCCGAGAAGCAGCUUCGGGAGACAAAGGAAGAGCUUGCCUACCUCAAGGAACAUGACAGCAAGGUGGGCAAGGAGAACGAGAAGCUCACGACCGAGGUGAACGAGUUCAAGAUGCAGCUGGAGAGGCUCACGUUUGAGAGCAAGGAGGCACAAAUUACCAUGGACGCUCUGAAGGAGGCAAACUCGGAGCUUACUACGGAGCUUGACGACGUGAAGCAGCAACUCCUUGACGUCAAGAUGAGCGCCAAGGAGACGGGUGCUGCCCUCGACGAGAAGGAGAAGAGGAAGGCCGAGAAGAUGGCCAAGAUGAUGGCCGGCUUCGACCUGGGCGGCGACGUGUUUAGCGAGAACGAGCGUCACAUCGCAGAGACUAUCGAGAAGGUCGAUGCGCUGCACGAGCUGAGUGCCACCGGCGACAACAUCGCGCCCGAUGAGUUCCAGGCACUUCGAGCCCGUUUGGUGGAGACACAAGGCAUCGUCCGACAAGCUGAGCUCUCCAUGUACAGCACCACUUCCAGCGAGGCCGACUCAAGGCGGAGACAAGAGCUGGAGGCUCGUCUCGAGGCCGUUCAGCAAGAAUACGAGGAGGUUCUCACUCGCAACCUCGGCCCCGAGGAUGUUGAGGAGGUCAAGGCUCGACUGGAGAACGCCUUUGCCAACCGCCAGACUGCCCAGUCUCAGUUUGUGGAUGAGCUGAAGGCCGAUAUUACGCAGAAGGCUGCCGAGAACACAAGAAUGAAGACGCUGAUCGAUGACCUUCAGCAGCGCGUCAAGGCUGGCGCCGCAGCACCGAUGGCCAAUGGCAAGACGAUCCAGCAGCAGAUCGCCGAGUUUGACGUCAUGAAGAAGAGCCUCAUGCGUGACCUUCAGAACCGAUGUGAGCGUGUUGUUGAGCUCGAGAUCUCGCUGGAUGAGACCCGAGAGCAGUACAACAACGUUCUUCGAUCGUCCAACAACCGGGCGCAGCAGAAGAAGAUGGCCUUCCUGGAGAGGAACCUGGAGCAGCUGACCCAGGUCCAGCGCCAGCUCGUCGAGCAGAACUCGGCUCUCAAGAAGGAGGUUGCCAUUGCUGAGCGCAAGCUCAUUGCACGAAACGAGCGUAUCCAGAGCCUGGAGAGCCUGCUACAGGAUAGUCAGGAGAAGAUGGCUGCUGCCAACCACAAGUUCGAGGUCCAGCUGGCUGCGGUCAAGGAGCGUCUCGAGCUCGCCAAGGCCGGCAGCACCCGUGGCCUCAACUCACCAGGCGGCUUCAGCUUUGCCAGCGCCGGCAGCCGGAUUGCGAAGCCCCUCCGCGGAGGCGGUGGCAGUGAUGUAGCCCCCGCCAUCCCAACCAUCCAGAACCUUCACCAGACUGAGGGGAACAGUGGCAGCAGCAACAAGCGAGCCAGCUGGUUCUUUAACAAGUCAUAG